GUAUGACUAUAAAAAAUAUUAUCAGAACAAAAUGAAUUAUUUAUACAUGAAUUUUCGUAAUCAUAGCUUAUUUACACUUGUUAAACCUUUUGGAAUAUUAAGAAGAACUGUUACAUGUAUAUCUCAAUCAACCAAGCAGGUUAAUCAACGGUUUAGAUAUCAAACUACAUACUCAUCACCUAAUAUUUUAUCACAAAAAAGAAAAAUUAUAUAUGUAAUAGCAGGAAUUACAAUAUGGGGACUUGUACUUGGUGUUUCAUUUAAUUAUCAACGUUAUUGUUCUCCGGUUAUUUCAUAUCUUAUGUAUCAGCUCAAACGUAGUCCUACAGCAGAAAUAUAUCUUGGAAAAAAUAUUAAUUUUUCAUCUAAAUUGCCCUGGAUACAUGGAAGAAUCAAUCAUGUUAAAGGACGUAUUGAUAUAUCAUUUAGAGUGAGUGGUUCAGAAGAUAGUGCAAUUGUUAAAUUUAAGAGUGUUCGUAAAGAAAAGAGCACGGAUUGGGUAGUAUUAGAGUGGACAGUAUCUCCAAAUAAGAAUUGUAAAGAGAUAUCUCUUUUGGAUGAACUAACUUUAUUAAAUAAGUGAUUAUUUAAUUCUCUUAAAUGAAUUAUAUAUAAAGAAGAGCUGU